UCACUCCGAUGCUACCAAUGGUGUGCGGGGAAUACCAAGCGAGAUAAGUCUCGGGAGUCGCUCUGCUUGGCCGAGACCGAUGCCCGGCUCGCUUAGAUGUGUACAUCUACCCGGAUCUCGCCUUGAUCCUGUUUCUUGGGGUUUCCCUUUUGUCUGCGUAUUCUAAUUCGGACACACUGCCUCGAGGCCAACUCAGUCACCAUGGCAGCCGAGAAGAACGAUGUCGAAGCCCAGGGCGACAGGAUCGGUGCAGCCCCCGAGCCAACUGCUACCACCGAUGCCCAUGAGGGCGGCGAUUCCAAGCUGGAGGAGCAUGAACUUCGUCACAACGGAAAUCUGCAGCGUGGGCUCAAGUCUCGCCACGUGCAGUUCCUCGCCCUCUCCGGCGCCAUCGGCACAGGACUCUUUGUCGGCUCUGGCCAGGUCCUCUCGCUUGCUGGGCCACUGUCCAUGUCUCUCGCCUACCUCAUCACCGGCUUCAACCUCUACUGCGUGAUCAACUCGCUGGGCGAGAUGGCCGCGUGGUUGCCCAUCCCCGGCUGCGUCCCCAUCUUCGCUACGCGCUAUGUCGAUGAGGCGCUGGGCUUCACCCUUGGCUGGAACUACUGGUACCAGUUCGCUAUUGGCGUGCCGAUCGAGGUCAGCGUCUGCUGCGUUAUUGUGGACUACUGGCCAAACGACAUACCCAAGGGUGCUUUGAUCACCAUCUUCUUCCUCGCCAUGGUCGUCAUCAACUGCUUCCCCGUCAAGAUCUAUGGCGAGGCCGAGUUCGUCUUCGGGGCGAUCAAGCUCACCACCAUUGUUGGGCUGAUCCUGCUCAUGCUUAUUAUCACCUGCGGCGGAGGUCCCAGUGGGCACGCCAUCGGGUUCGCCCACUGGAUGGACCCGGGGCCGAUGAAUGCGUACCUCCGUCCAGGUGCGCUGGGCCGCUUCCUGGGGUUCUUUAAAGUCUUCAUCCAGGCCACCUUUGCCUACGGUGGCAGCGAGAUGGUUGUGGUGGCCGCCGGCGAGACGGAGAACCCUCGACGCAACAUCCCCAAGGCAGUGCGUCGAGUCUUCUGGCGUAUCCUCAUCUUCUACGUCAUCGCCCUCUUCCUCGUCGGCCUCUGUGUCUCUUCGGAGGACGACGGUCUGCUCAACGCCAUCAGCAGCGACGCGCCUGGCGCCAACCAGAGUCCGUUUGUCAUUGCUAUCGAGACGGCUGGCAUCAAGACGUUGCCGGGUAUCCUCAACGGCAUCAUCCUCUCGUCGGCCUGGUCCGCCGGCAACUCCUUCUUCUACGCAUCCACGCGUGUCCUCUACUCGGCCGCCAUCGACGGCAAGACACCCGCUAUCCUCCGGUACGAGAAGUGGGGUGUGCCCUACGGGUGCGUGGCCAUGACCACCGCUCUUGGCUGCCUCAGCUACCUCAACCUGGGCAACCGCUCCUCCGAGGUCUUCUUCUGGAUCAGCAACUUAUCCGCUGUCUCGACGCUCAUGGUCUGGGCCAGCGUGUGCUACACAUACCUCUGCUUCUACAAGGGGCUCAAGUAUCACGGCAUCGACAGGAACACGCUGCCCUACAAGGCGCCCUUCCAGCCAUAUCUGGCCUACUUUGCCAUCUGCUUCUGUCUGACGAUUGCGUUCUUCAACGGAUUCGAUGCGUUCUUCCCAGGGCGGUUCUCAGCCAAAAGCUUCAUCCCACCGUACAUCAACAUCCCCAUUGUGCUGACGCUCUUCUUCUCGUACAAGAUUAUCAAGAAGACCAAGUUUGUCAAGGUGCAGAACAUGGAUCUCUGGAGUGGCAAGGCGGAAAUUGACCGGAUGGAGCCUUUGUGGCCUGUCGAGCAGCCUAGGAACUUUUUGGAGAGGAUCUGGUUCUGGAUUGCCUGAGCUGGCGGUGUAGAUGGGGGUACCCGUAGUCUGAAUGAAUGAUAGCUUGGGAAAGCUUUUUGAAGCUGCUGUAGGGUUGAAAACUACUAGUGCUGGAUAGUCCAAGUCCAAAAGUACUUACCUACCUCACAGAAUAUACAAUUGAAUGCUGUGACUGCGACAAGGUUCAGCG